UAGAUCCCAGCGCAGAUGUAUUUCAUUAUUCAAGUAUUAUAAACUACAAUCUUCAAAAGAAAAGACCGAAAUGCCAGAAACUUUGGCGAGAACAAGAUCAAGAACGAUCCUCAAAUAAUACUAGCAAUAACAAUAAAAAAAAUAAGCAAGCAGUAAAUAAUAUAGCGAUUGAAAAAAGUGGUCAUAGUAGAUGUAGUUCACCAAAUUCAAACGUUUGCAUAUUUACUAUGAACGACAUCUCCCAAGCUGGACGUGAGGAAAAAUCUAAAGAAGCUCUUCAGAACUUUUUGAGUAACGGGUUUAAACGUUCAGACUUUUCUGUGUACAACUUUUUACAACGUGCAAUUCAUGAAGGCACCAUUGCUCGAGGUCUUCAACAUGAAAAAUGCUUUUACCGCACCAACAACUUGCAUAAAUAUGUCCAAGUUGAAAUAACAAACUUCCAAGACUUUACAAAAAAGAUUAAGCCACCGGAACCUCCGUUACUAACAGUAAACUCUUCUACUGGAAUGACUCAAACUAUUCCCUUAAGAAAAGUAACCUUUUGCGGGAAGGGCGGUUUAACGGUUUUGCAGACAACAAUUAGCUCCGAAAGGGAAUACAAUGUGUUAUUAAAGGUUAAUAUGUCACUUCCGAAUCCCCCUCGGUUUAACAGCUACUUUAUAGAGAGUCGUGAAAAAACUGAGCAAUACACUGAGCAAUUCAUAAAGCUUUACCAAAUUGAAGGAAACGUAGUUUUAGAAGAUCUCCGCUCUCUUACAUGACGA